AUGGUGGUGUCCUUAAUUCACCACGACCAGCAAUUUUACAAUGUGUUUGACAGCAUGAUGGUAAAGAAAGGAGGAAUCAGGUUUACAAUCAAUGGUCAUUCUUACUUCAACUUGGUCCUCAUUACAAAUGUUGGUGGUGCUGGAGAUGUCCAUUCAGUAUCAAUCAAGGGUUCCAAAACAGGAUGGCAAUCAAUGUCGAGGAAUUGGGGCCAAAACUGGCAGAGCAACUCUUACCUCAACGGUCAAAGUCUGUCGUUCCAAGUCACCACAAGCGAUGACAGGACUCUGACCAACUACAACGUGGCACCUGGAAAUUGGCAGUUUGGUCAAACAUUUGAGGGUGGUCAGUUUUAG